AUGAACAACAAGCAGGAUAUGUCGCCUGAUUUCGUGUUGAUGCGUCUGGUCUCCGCGGCCGAGGACGACCGGCUGGACGCGGAGAACGGGAACCUGCAGCCGGGAGGAGGAGGGAUGGGGAUGGGGAUGGGGAAGGAGGUUCUGGCUCACAGUGGCGUCAAAGCAGGGCUGGAUCAGAUCAUGACGGCGGGCCUCGACCAUCCCGGCGGCCGCCUGAACAAAGCCCAGCAGAGCUCAGAGGGCUCGGCCGCACCGGACACCGGGGCCACGGAGAGCAGAACCCCGGUGAACACACCUGCUCCUCCGCAGAGCCCCAUGGAGGCCCAGAGCCUCCGGCCUCAGCUGCUGGUGUUCUCCAACAUGAUGCGUAAUGGGGAGCUGGACCGUCGGAACCAGCCUGGGGAUGCACUGGGUUUGGAUCAGAGCCCGGGGUCUGUUGCUGCCAAUAACAACAGUCCCGGAGACGUGCAUCCUCCGGUGGAAACAGAGGACAUGCAUGCUGCUGCGGAGCUCUGCAGCCGGCACAGACUCCUCACCACCCCGCCCGAGUGGCCCUUGUGUGCAGAUGGUGCCAAAUGGGGAUGCACCUCCAGGGACCGGGAGGGAGCCGUGUUCGAGCUGGCGCGUCGGUUUGGGGAGCUCGGGGUCGGUGCGGUGCCCAAGAUGCUGCUGAAGGCUGGAGAGCUCCCGAAGUGUUCGUGUCAGGGAGCUCACAGGCCGGCAGGAGGGGGAGGAGAGCCCGGGGAUGACCCCACGGAGACCAGCGACGCUUUGCUGGUCCUGGAGGGACUCGGGAGUGGGGAUGUGGCCGGAAUGGGGAUGGAUGAGUGUCCAGAGGGGGAGACGGAUGAUGAGCAUGGACGCAGAGAGUUUUUACUGAAUAGGAAACGAGAGAUAGUGCAGAAGAUGUCUGGAGCUUUCUCCAUCAGCAGCUUCCAGGCGGAGCUGAGGAGGCAGGUGGAGGUGGAGGUGGAGGUGGAGGUGGAGGGGAGCACACCUGCACACCUUGGCACACAGGUGUGCAGCCUCCACGGGGGUCUGUCCAGCUCCACUGGGGUUUCACAGGUUGUCGCACAGGUUUCGACCACGUCCCAGUCACACACACCGGUCCAGAACUCACCCUGGGCCACCAGCCCGAACCCGAGCCAGGUGUCGACCCCCAGAAGGAGGCCGGAGAGGUGUGCCAGUGCUCCUCGGACCCCAGCAGGGUGGUCCGCAGGUGGGGAUAAGACACUGAAAGUUCCUGGGAAGUCCAAAAAGGGCUCCUUAAAGAUCCGGCUGAGUAAACUGUUCCGGACUAAAAGCUGCAGUGGCUCCAACCAUCUGCUGGACAAGAGGCCCUCCGUGACCUACUCGGUGUCUUCAGCAGGGAGUCUGGUGGACAUGGCGAGCACCCCGGGUACCGAGCAGGACGCAGACAGCCAGCCCAGACUGACCAGGGCCCACAGUGCCUUCUCCCCCGCCUCCCUCGUUGCCUCCCUCUCUGCUUUCACUGGUGAGACAGUUUCUCUGGUGGAUGUGGAUAUUUCGCGGCGAGGGGCGAACACACCACACCCUCCCACGCCUCCCCCUCCUCCACGCCGAAGUCUCAGUUUGUUAGAUGACAUAGCCGGGCCUCAGCCUGGUCCUUUCCUAGUGAGUGUUAUGGGCGCCUCCCUGCAGUCCCUCCCCCUGCCUCUCCCUCCUCCUCCUCCUCCCUCCCACGCUACCAUGCAGCACAGUCUCAGCCUCAAUGACGCCUUCCUUCGGGCCCUCCCUCAUUCGACCCCGUCGCCGGCUGAUGCUCCUCCUCCUUCCAGACAUGCCCCACCCCCCAUGUUGUGCGCCCUGCGGCGGUCUGAAGCCAGCAACUUCACUGCCAGUCUGAGAGAGCUGGAGAAGUGUGGCUGGUACUGGGGUCCGAUGAACUGGGAGGACGCAGAGAUGAAGCUGAAGGGGAAACCGGACGGAUCCUUCCUGGUCCGAGACAGUUCAGACCCCCGAUACAUCCUGAGCCUCAGCUUCAGGUCGCAGGGAGUCACACACCACACACGCAUGGAACACUACCGAGGGACGUUCAGCUUGUGGUGCCACCCGAAGUUUGAGGACCGCUGCCACUCGGUGGUGGAGUUCAUCGAGCGAGCCAUCAUGCACUCCAAGAACGGCAAAUUCCUCUACUUCCUGCGCUCCAGAGUCCCAGGGCUUCCUCCCACCCCGGUUCAGCUGCUGUAUCCUGUAUCUCGCUUCAGCAACGUGAAGUCACUACAACAUCUCUGUCGCUUCUGCAUCCGACAAAUGGUCCGCAUCGACCACAUCCAGGAGCUUCCACUGCCCAGACCGUUAAUAUCCUACCUGAGUAAGUUUUAUUACUACGACCCCGAGGAGGAGACGUACCUGUCAAUCAAGAGCAUCCGGAGGGUGGUGGGAGCAGCGCAACAGGCCGAGUCGCAGACGUAG